GGGUACACUACUUUGUCUUCUUUCGGAUGCAUGGAUGACCACAAAUAUUUAUUCAAAGUUGUUCUUGUUGGAAAUGCUGGCGUUGGUAAAACAUGUUUGGUCAGGAAAUUUACUCAGGGAGUAUUCCCGCCUGGACAAAGUGCAACAAUUGGCGUGGAUUUUAUGAUUAAAACGCUGAACGUCAAUGGAGACAAGAUAAAACUGCAAAUUUGGGAUACCGCUGGACAGGAGCGUUUUAGAUCAAUAACUCAAUCUUAUUAUCGAUCAGCCCAUGCGAUUGUACUUGCUUAUGAUGUCUCUUGUCAGCCAACAUUUGAUUGUAUUAAUGAAUGGAUAAAUGAAAUUGAGCAAUACGCGAAUAAGAAAGCACUCAGAAUUCUUGUUGGCACAAAAGUUGACAAGGAAGAAGAGCGUGAGGUUCCAACACACAUUGGAGAGUCUUUUGCUGCUGCAAAUAAUUUUGAUUAUUUUGUUGAGACUAGCGCUGCAAGUUCUGAAAAUGUUGAGAUACUUUUUCAAGAAGUGGCUACUCGUCUUGCUACUGAAAUGAGAAAAGAUGAAACUAGAUAUGGUGGAAACAAAUCUCGUAAUUUAAAUAACGAAAAUGGAAUCAAUUUGGUUGGAAGAGCACAACAACAAAUUCGAAAUGCACAAAGUAAUUGCUGUGGGUAA